AUGGUCACUUGCGGGUCUCGAGAGGCUGCAUUUGACCUGACAGGCACUUUGGGAAGCCGCCCCUGGACCCGGUACGCUCUGUGCUGCCCGUGCCUGUGCUGCCCGUACCUGUGCUACCUGUGCCUGUUGCUGCCUGUGCCUGUGCUGCCCGUGCCUGUGCUGCCCUGUGCUGCCUGUGCCUGUUGCUGCCUGUGCCUGUUGCUGCCCGUGCCUGUGCUGCCCUGUGCUGCCUGUGCCUGUUGCUGCCUGUGCCUGUGCUGCCCGUGCCUCUGCUGCCCGUGCCUGUGCUGCCCGUGCCUGUGCUGCCUGUGCCUGUUGCUGCCUGUGCCUGGUGCUGCCCGUGCGUGUGCUGCCCGUGCCUGUGCUGCCCGUGCCUGUGCUGCCUGUGCCUGUGCUGCCCGUGCCUGUGCUGCCUGUGCCUGUUGCUGCCUGUGCCUGGUGCUGCCCGUGCCUGUGCUGCCCGUGCCUGUGCUGCCCGUGCCUGUGCUGCCUGUGCCUGUUGCUGCCCGUGCCUGUGCUGCCCUGUGCUGCCUGUGCCUGUUGCUGCCUGUGCCUGUGCUGCCCGUGCCUGUGCUGCCCGUGCUUGUGCUGCCUGUGCCUGUUGCUGCCUGUGCCUGUUGCUGCCUGUGCCUGUGCUGCCCGUGCCUGUGCUGCCCGUGCCUGUGCUGCCCGUGCCUGUGCUGCCUGUGCCUGUUGCUGCCUGUGCAUGGUGCUGCCCGUGCCUGUGCUGCCCGUGCCUGUGCUGCCCGUGCCUGUGCUGCCUGUGCCGGUUGCUGCCCGUGCCUAUGCUGCCCUGUGCUGCCUGUGCCUGUUGCUGCCUGUGCCUGUGCUGCCCGUGCCUAUGCUGCCCGUGCCUGUGCUGCCCUGUGCUGCCUGUGCCUGUUGCUGCCUGUGCCUGUGCUGCCCGUGCCUGUGCUGCCCGUGCCUGUGCUGCCCGUGCCUGUGCUGCCUGUGCCUGUUGCUGCUCGUGCCUGUGCUGCCCUGUGCUGCCUGUGCCUGUUGCUGCCUGUGCCUGUGCUGCCCGUGCCUGUGCUGCCCGUGCCUGUGCUGCCCGUGCUUGUGCUGCCUGUGCCUGUUGCUGCCCGUGCCUGUGCUGCCCUGUGCUGCCCGUGCCUGUGCUGCCUGUACCUGUUGCUGCCCGUGCCUGUGCUGCCCUGUGCUGCAUGUGCCUGCUUAGGAGUCGCCCACUUGGUGGCUAUAAAUGCUGUCGCCCACAUUUCAGCAGGUCAGUCGCACGCAUUUCGUGGCCCGUCGCCCUCGUACCAGGAAUUUCGAGACGCCCACACAUUUCGAUCCAUUUCCCUUCCCGGCGCACUCACUUCCCUUCCCGUCGCCCUCGUUUCCCUUCCCGUCGCCCACAUUACCCUUCCCGUCGCACUAAUUUCCCGUCACGUCGACGUAUUAGGGGCCCAUCACCCACGUUUCCCUUCCCGUCGCCCACAUUACCCUCCCCGUCGCACUAAUUUCCCGUCCCCUCUCACACAUUUCCACCCCGUCGCCCUCGUUUCCCUGCCCUGCGCACUAAAUUCCAUUCCCGUCGCCCUCAUUUCCUUCCCCGUCGCCCACAUUUCCCAUCCCUGCACCCUCAUUUCGCCUCUCAUCGCCCACAUUUCCCAUCCCUGCGCCCUCAUUUCCCCUCUCAUCGCCCACAUUUCCCAUCCCUGCGCCCUCAUUCCCCCUCUCGUCGCCCUCGUUUCCCUCCCCAUCGCCCACAUUGCACUUCCUGUCGCUCACACUUCCCUUCAUCCUCCCUUCCUCUCAUCCGCCCUUCCUCUCUUCCACCCUUCUCUCACAUCCUCUCUCCCUCUCAUCCGCCUCCCCUGUCGUCCUCAUUUCCACUCGUCCCCCCUACCCUUCUUUCGCCACACGCCCUCAUCCGCCCUCCCCCUCAUCCGCCCUACCCCUCAUCCGCCCUACCCUCAUCCGCCCUACCCCUCAUCCGCCCUACCCCUCAUCCGCCCUACCCCUCAUCCGCCCUACCCCUCAUCCGCCCUACCCCUCAUCCGCCCUACCCCUCAUCCACCCUUCUUCUUGUCCUCCCUCCCCCUCAUCCGCCCUCCCCCUCAUCCGCCCAUCAUCUCAUCCUCCCUUCUCUCAUCCAACCUUCCUCUCAUCCCCCCUUCCUCUCAACCUCCUUUCCUCUCAUCCAACCUUCCUCUCAUCCCCCCUUCCUCUCAACCUCCUUUCCUCUCAUCCAACCUUCCUCUCAUCCCCCCUUCCUCUCAACCUCCUUUCCUCUCAUCCAACCUUCCUCUCAUCCCCCCUUCCUCUCAUCCUCCUUUCCUCUCAUCCAACCUCCCUCUCAUCCUCCUCUCCUCUCAUCCGCCCUUCCUCUCAUCCGCCCUUCACGCAAACAUCCUCUCUCCUUCUCAUCGCCUCUCCCUCUCAUUCGCCCAUCAUCUCGCUUCCGCCCUUGAUCUCAUCCGUCCGAGCCCCUCAUCCGCCAUUCCUCUCAUCCUCCCUUCCCCACAUCCGCCCUUCAUCUCAUCCUCUGUUCCCCUCGUCCUCCCUUCCUCUCAUCCCCCCCUCCUCUCAUCCUCCUUUCCUCUCAUCUUCCUUUCCUGUCAUCCUCCCAUCCCCAUAUCCGCACUUCCUCUCAUCCGCCCUUCCUCUCAUCCGCCCUUCAAUCUCUCAUCCUCUCUCCUUCUCAUCGUCUCUCCCUCUCAUCCUCCUUUCCCUCGUCCACCCUUCUUCUCGCCCUCCCUCCCCCUCAUCCGUCCCCCCCCCCUCAUCCGCCCUUCAUCUCAUCCUCUGUUCCCCUCGUCCUCUCUUCCUCUCAGCCCCCCCACCCCCCCCCCCCCCCCCCCCCUCUCAUCCUCCUUUCCUCUCAUCCUCCUGUCCUGUCAUCCUCCCAUCCCCACAACCUCCCUUCCCCUCAUCCGCCCUUCCUCUCAUCCAACCUGUCACUCAUCCCCCAUUCCUCUCAUCCUCCAUUCCCCUCAUCCGCCCUUCAUCUCAUCCUCUGUUCCCCUCGUCCUCUCUUCCUCUCAGCCCCCCCCCCCCCUCUCUACCUCCUUUCCCUCGUCCACCCUUCUUCUCGUCCUCCCUCCCCCCCAUCCGUCCUUUCCCAGGCUUCCGCCCUUGAUCUCAUCCGUCCUCCCCCUCAUCCGCCCUUCAUCUCAUCCUCCCUUCCCCUCAUCCGCACGGCCUCUCAUCCAACCUCCCUCUCAUCCCCCCUUCCUCUCAUCCUCCAUUCCCCUCAUCCGCCCUUCAUCCCAUCCUCCCUUCCCCCCAUCCGCCCUUCAUCUCAUCCUCUGCUCCCCUCUUCCCCCCUUCCUCUCGUCCUCCUUUCCUCUCAUCCGCCCUUCCCCACAUCCUCCCUCCCUCUCGUCCUCUCUCCCCUGCUUCCGCCCCCCCCCCUCCUCAUCCGCCAUCCCUAUCACCCACCCUUCCUCUUGUCCACCCAUCUUCUCGUGCUCCACCCCCUCAUCCACCCUUCCUCCCAUCCAACCUUCCUCUCGUCCACCCUUCCCCUCAUCCUCCCCUCCUCUCAUUCUCCCUUCCUCUCGUCCACCCUUCCUCUAA